AUGUACUUCACAUCGAGAACGGUGUAUUGGAUAAAGAAACUGAGUCAGCUGUACAACUUUAAUUUAAGCAACUGUUACGAAGUAUCGGUUUCAUGGUUUAAUCGCUAUAUGCCAGUGUCUGAGGCUAGCGAGACACAGAUGCUUCGGACGGGAUAUGGCUUCCCGUCAUCCCCGCAAGAACCUGCUGCUUUUGCUCUGAGCCCAGAUGCUGUGCUGCUUUACUGGAAACUACCUGUGAAACCAAACGCACCAAUUCCCGAAAUCAAAUAUAUGAUCAGCCAGCUAAGCGCAACACUUACCUCGCCGUCAGCGAUCGGAGCGCAGCAGUAUAACCGUGGUCAUUAUGAUACCACUGCAGUGGAUGCUGUUUCCUGUCUCACUAAUCCCUGCUCAGCAAAGAUCUCGAAUCUUCGUCCAUCUACUGAUUACAAAUUCUGGGUUCGAGCGAUACAUGAAAGUCAUUUGAACAAACAGUUUGUUGAUGAUGCGGAAGCAAGUUCAGUGGAAUCAUCAGCACGUACAAAGGAUGUUGCUGGAACACUGCGCCCAGACAACGUUACUGGGACGUCGAUCGUGCUUCGAUGGAAUUCGCUCGAUCCGAAAUUUCCGCCCAAACGUAUUUCAAUUCAGUACCGCAUCGUACGUUGUAUUUCAUUGGAUGGCGUGAAUGCAUUCUGGAAGUCUCCGUACAAUGCCUCAUUUGAAGGUUCCGCAAAGUCAGUGGCCGUUGUUGUGAGUGCGCUGCGCUCCGCAACUACGUAUGAUUAUCGUUUUGCAGCGGAAUACGUGGACAGUUAUCGUUAUGGGAAUCGCGAUUACCCUUACAAUGAAACAUUUUAUCAAGUAUCGCAACAGAUUAGAACAAAACCCGGUACACCAUCGGCGCCUGCAAGCAUACGUCUCGUACAGGAACACAACGAAUGGAUUGUUCGCUGGGAAAAGCCAGUGAACGACGGUGGAUCGUCUAUCACUUCAUACGCGCUCGAAUUUAGGCCAAAUGAGGAUGCGGAAUGGGAGAUAGCGGAGCGCGGGCUUGCGGGCGAUUCCCAAUGGUGGAAGCCAUCGAGAAUAAAUUUUUUAGCUGAUGGUGGUGAGUUUCGAAUUCGCGCUGCCAAUUCUGAGGGCUUUGGUGCAUAUGCCUACUCCAAGCAUCAUGAUGGUAAGUUUUUGUUUCUUAUCAAACUGAACUUUCUCAGAUGUAGCAACAUGUUAAAUACUGCCUAUGUUUAG